AUGACGUCGGCUUCAUCGCUGGCGGACGAUGCCGAACUAUUGAACCUAAAUGAAAGCGGAGCCACAAGUGAUGAAUGGGUCAAAGAUCUCAGUGAAUCCUCGGAUUCCGCUUCUACAAAUGUUGGAAACAACAAUUUUGAGAAGGUGGAGUCGCUGUCUCAACGAUGGGAAGUGAGUAUGCUUUCUUGGUUUUUGUCUUUGGGUUUUAGGUAUAAGUCGUCAUGGUGAAUGUAAUUAGUGUCACUGUUGCGCUUCGGGUAGUCAAUUUUUUUUGUUUUUAGGGCCUUCUCGGAGUCCGCAAUAGGCCUGACCCUUUGUUGGAUUGGGAUCAGCUUUACAAUCUGAAGAAUCAAGCUAUUCUUCGAAAGGAUACCAGAAAAAUGUUCGAAGGCCUACAUAAUUGCAAAAUACCUGCCCAUGAAGUCGAAAGUCUAAUCACACUCUACUGUAAGAAGCGCCAUGUGGAGUAUACCACUGGAAAUGGUUGGUUGGAUAUCAUAAAGAUCUUAUUGCACGUCGACUUUGAUCCUUCCACAUUGUAUAAUGUCUUCUAUUCAAUCACAACCAAAUACAUUCCAAGGUAAGCUUUUAUAUACCAUUCCAUCUUGUUUUGGAAGAAGAGCUAAUUACACUUCGACUUUUAGGUAUUCGGACACAAAUGGAAAGGUUUAUGAUCUAUUCCGCCUGAUAUUACAGUAUCAUGAUCCUCAGCUAUGUUCAUUCUUAGACUCUCGCAAAAUUCAGCCCCAUCAUUAUGCCAAGGACUGGUUCACAAGCCUGAUGUCGACCAGUUUGACUCCAGAUGUCUGCCGAUGCGUGUGGGAUCUUUAUUUCCAGCAGGUAAGAGCUGAUCAGUAUAAUAAAUAGAAUCGCUAUUUUUUAUAAAUUUUUUUUAUCGAAUUUUUUCACCAUACCUUAUAAACUAUUUUUGUUUUAGGGAGAUCCUUUCCUCCUGUUCUUCAUAGCUCUCUCUUUUCUCCAAUGUGCCAAGGAUAAAAUCAUGAAGUUGAAAGAUCGAGAAGAAGUCAUCGAUAUGAUUGCGGUCUCCCCUCGAGAUAUGUCGGUUGACGAUAUUCCUGACCUAUUCGAUGUGUGCGUGGUAACAAUGAACUACACUCCCAUUUCAUUGAGGCGUGAUUUCCAUUGCCUUUUAUUCGGUGCCAAUCUUGUCGAUGAUUUUACCGACUUCCCAUUGAAUCGGAUCAUUUGUCUGCCAGUAUCAGCGGGAGAAGUUUACAAGAGAGUGAUUGAUUUGAAUGUAAAUGCGCCUGUGGUGAGUAUCUUGUUUUGUUUUUAAGCGUAUUAGAUCGUUCUUCUUGUCAAGGGUAAUAUUAAUUUUUUAUUUUUUCAGCAGCUCUUCAAUUACUUUGUCAUCGAUACCCGACCACAUAAUAUCUUUGUCAACGGUGCUAUUCUUGGUGCGUAUAAUCUAAAUGGUCAGCUAAUCAUUGAUGAACCCGAGAACUUCCGAAUUGCGAUGACGUCACUUUUGCAAUUUAAACAGAACACUCAUCCAAAAGAUCAUAUUUGCUUUAUUGGGUCAGGAGACGCGGAAGAAGACGCUACGAUGUUGAUGGUCAUCUCGAGAUUCCUCCAACAGAACAUUGCCAACAUCAGUUAUGUGGAUGGUGGAUUCAAAGCGGUCCAUUUAAUGCUCAAGGAAAUGAAUGCUCUAAACAAAUUGAACAAUCAUUUGAUUCCAGAGAAGUGUUUGGAGUGUUGUAGCAAAGGAGGAGAGCCGCAAUUGGUGAGAAAAAUAGAUUAUGGGCAUUAUUAGUAUUAUAAUAGACUACAUAUAAUAUAACCUUUGUUUCAGAGUAUGAUGGAGAAGAUGAAGCGAGCCGUUCAAGCCAAGAAGGAAGCUAUUACCACUGCCGUUUCAGGAAUGGUCGAAUCGACGAGUCAAGGGAACUUCAAACAUGCCAAACCGUCAGAUCGAAGCAGUGGAAAACGAUAUAAGAAUAUGCAAGGCGUGUUUACCAUCAAUAAUUCGGAGUCAGAAUCCGAUGGAGAUGAAGAUAUGGGAACGGGAAUUGUACAAUCAAGCAAGGAAAAGGUAAGAGAGCGAUCAGAAACAGAUAGAUAGAUAUCUUUUUGAUAUUGUACUAGAUGACUUGUGUCUUUUUUCAUUAUAUUUGUUUUCUAGAAAAAGUGGAGCGAUGUUAUCAAACAACCAGACGUCUUUAAGUAUUUCGAAGGUCACGAAGUGUUCCAGGACAAGUCUCACACGAAAUGCUACGUAGUUGUUACAUAUUCUCAUCUCAUGGUAUAUCACAACGAGGGAGACGGAUUGGUCAAGUUAACUGCGCAACACUCACUCCCGUCAAUUGUAAGAGUAACAUCAAAGAAGAAGGUUCCAGAAUUCCUAACUUUCAAGGUAAAUUUUAUCUUUUUUUGGAGAUUGUAUUGUUUUAGACAACAAUUGAUACAUGACUUUUAGUUUGGCUACGAGAAUGCUUUCGGAGAGACCCAGAUCACUCGAGUCCACUGUUUCCUCCUGGCUAAGUCCGGCGACUGUGCCCAAGCCAUAAAACAAGUGAUGAAUCGAGUCAACGACCCCAAUCUUGCCUCUCCAUCCAGUUCAUAG